UUUUGAUCAGUGUGUAAUGUCGAAAUGUUAUAUGCUUUACUUAUGCAUUUCUCAAGCUAAGAAACGCUUUGUGUCUGUAUGAUCGAUCGGCAUGUUUGAUGUCAGUUUGAUCAGUAACAAACACAACAUUAUAAAGUCAAUGUAAAUUACUUAAGAGCUUUUUAAACGUGUACAAUGGUAAUACUGUAUAUUUUACACAUCCUGGAUAUGCUAUCGUAUUUUUUGCAACGCUGCAUCAUAAAUUAUGCAGUAUAUCAAUAUGUACUGUGAUAUAUUAAAUGUAUACUUUACCUAACAGGUUUAGUUUCAGGAUCUUUGAAUGCUCCACCGAGUUCUAUUAUGAUGUGUGAUUUUUCUCUAGUGCUGAAAUGUCUCUGACUCACUGGUAUUUAUAGAUUCUCUUUCAGUGCUGUAGAUGCAGUGGCCAUGGUGCUCAACCUGUGCUUGCCACACUUUCAGACCUCCAUUCAAUGCAACAAGCUGUGUGCCGACGGCUACGAUGUCUCCAACCUUCUUUCCUCUGACCCGAUUGCACGCCGGAAGGGGUUCAAGCUGGAAUACUUCCUCCGACCUCCUGUCCACGUCACGUUGAGCUUCCAGGUCAAGAUGGAGUUGUGUCGGCUGGAUGUCGAGCUUUGGCCGUGGGGAAUGGAUCAGGGACGAACCUCCCGACGGCUGGAGAUCCUCAGCUGUUCAGAGCGAGACUGUUUCAAACCUCGAGCGCCGUUUGCCGAUCCUCCACCGCAGACGGCGUCUGGAGUGAAAAUGCAGGAGCUUUGGAAGCGCGGUUCGCUCGGAUCUGUCUCUCAGCUCAGAGUCAGCAUUCCCUACAGCGGCGCCGCGUCGGCGCUCGGGAUCAAGUCGCUCGCUGUUUGGGCUUUGCCUUCUCGCUGCUGUCCUGCAGCCGAACUGGAAAGGAUUCAGGACGUGCACCUAAACAGCCUGAAAAGAAACGACUGUCCAACCAUCAUCGUACCUCCCAAACCAGAUCCUCUUCUAAGCGAAACCCCAAUUCCGGAGGAGUUCCUCGAUCCCUUAACACAAGAGCUCAUGGUUUUCCCAAUGAUCUUGCCUAGUGGAAUGAUAAUUGAUAACAGCACGCUAGAGGAGUACCAGAAGAGAGAAGCCACAUGGGGUCGUUUACCCAACGACCCAUUUACUGGCGUCCCAUUUACCCAGGACUCAAAGCCAAUUCCAAACCCUUUGCUUAAAAGCCGCAUUGACCGUCUAGCUCUGCAGACGGGAUGCACAGGAGUCAGGAGCAGAAAUAACCUGUUAACUAAACCACAACCUUCCAGACUCACAGUGGAGGCCAAAAGCAUCACAGACUCCAGUAGAAACCGUGAUCAUACAGACCCUUCAGGAGCACAGUCCUUUGCAUCGGUUUCAGACAUUAUAACAGAACCAGAUGCCUGCAAAAUGCGACCGACACAGAGCCGUUCUGCUAAAAGAAAGCAUGAAUUGAGUUUUCCCUCCACCAGUGCUGAUCCCGAUCGCCCUCCUUUGAGGAAAGUGCAUGAAACUCCCUCAGAGUCGGACUCACAUGAGAGACGGUUAGCAGACAGUUUGGAUCAGGCGCUGAAUGCUGCUCUUCACGGGUUACCGGUGUUCACCUCAUCGAGCAAAACCACUUCCUGUGUGGACGCCUCUGCUGGUGGGCACACAUGUGCAUUUUGCUCUUGUUCACUGACGGUUUACUCCUCAAGCGUGGUGUCGUACUCUCUGCCCUGCACUCAUCUCAUGUGUGGAGAGUGUUUGAGACUGAAACACCCGACGGAUUCUCAGAAACUGAAAAUUAAAUGUCCCGUGUGCGGCACAACUGCCUCCAGCAGAGACGUCACGCGGGUGCAUCACUGAACACUUGUUUGCAGAUUUUGUGUAUAAUUUUCAUUAAAGUUUUUGAAAAAGCUUGAAAAGGACUUUGUCAUUAU